AUAUCGAUACUUCUUAAGCACGUUGUAAGAAUUUUGCUGAGUUAGAAUUUUGAGGGACAGAGACACACAUGGCUAUUGGAUUCAUGGAGGUGCAUCUUGUGAAAGCAAAAGGCCUGUAUAACGCUGAUAUUUUUGGAAAAAUGGAUCCCUACGUUUUGAUACAAUACGGAGGCCAAGAGCAGAAGAGUAGUGUCGCUAUUGGUCAGGGAAAAAAUCCGGUAUGGAAUGAGAAAUUUAUGUUCAAAGUAGAAUACCCUAGAUCAAGUGAUCAACACAAACUCAUCCUCAAAAUUAUGGACAACGACUUAUAUACGAAUGAGUUCGUUGGACAAGCCAUAAUUCAUGUAGGGGAUUUAUUGGCCCAAGGUGUAGAAAAUGGUGAAGCUAAGCUACAAACUCUUAAGUAUAGAGUUGUUCGUGCAAACAACUCAUAUUGUGGCGAAAUUGAUGUUGGUGUUAGUUUUGCUAAAAAGGUGGAAGAUGAAUUUGGUGAAGAAGGCACAAGAGGAUGGAAAGAAAGUGACAAAUAUUUGUCACAAAUUAGCAAGGCUAAGAUAUGAAAACAAAGUGCAAAUUGGAACUAAUUUUAGAUUAAUUAUUUGUUGUAUUGUGUAAUAGGUUAAGUCAUUUUCAAUCGCAUAUUAUUUCAUUUUUUAAUUCUUUUUAGCAAGCACCAGCGAGAUACGUUUCAUAAAUUA